AUGUCAAAUGAAUUUACAAAAAAAACAAAUAUUGAAAUUUAUGACAAUUCUAAAAAUAAUAUACACUUAAAUCAAAAAGAAUUUGCUUGUGAUUUUUUUGAUGAGUAUUAUUAUGAUGAUGUUUUAAUUCCUACUCAAGAAAGAAUACUAAUAAAUGAAAAAAAAUAUACGAAUAUAUCAUUUGAUUGCGAGGAUUCUAAAUGUACAAAAUUAGGAUAUAAUAUUCCUUUUGAGCUUGUUGCUCCUUACAGAGAUGAUUUAAAUUUAUGUAGACCAUAUCUUAGUAAAAAAGCUCGUCAAUUUCUUCGUCAUGCAGGGUAUUGGGAAGAACUUGAAAAAUUAGAAAAUCAUAUUAUACAUGUAGAUUUUACAGGUUAUGAAGCAUUUAUGUUGUCACGGCUUUUGUUUUUUUUAGACGAUAAACAAAUCGAAGAAAGAAUUAAUUCUUUUCUACCUGGACGAACUAUUGAUGACUGUAAAAGAUUUUUAAAUGAUUAUCCAGAUUUCAAAACACCAUAUGAUUCAAUUGCUAUCAAAGUCCUUCCUAAAGGUCCUGAAAGAUCAGUACAGGAUGAUAGAGCUAUAAAAUCCAAUUUGAUGAAUCUUUUUUUACAGCGUCAAUGUGGUGGAAGGAUUCAUCCUAAAUAUGCAAAGAAUAUUUCAAACGAUAUAGAUUCAAAAAUAAUUCAUUUUUUACGACCCCACAAAUUUUUUGAUCGAACUAGUGGUGAUGUAAUUGAUUUAGCCUUUGAUUCUUUAGGUAAAAAAUUUGCUUUUGGAUGUUCCACAACCCAAGAUGAAUAUAACCGUGAAGGGAAUUUAGUUAUAUGUGAUAUGGAAAGCGAAACUUGCACUGUUUUAAUGGAUCAUAAAAUAAUUACUAAUGAAAAUGUUUUCUAUCCAACAGUAUCUAAUGUUAAAUUUUCAGCUGAUGGAUUAUUUCUUUUUUCUGGAGCUUUUGAUUCCACUGUGAAAGUUUGGUCAAGAUCAGGUCACUUGUUAAAUUCUUUUAAAGAUUCUGAUGGAAAAAUUGAUAUGAUGGCAACUCAUCCCACAAAUCCUAGAAUAUUAUCUGUAUCUUCACAUGAUAGGUUGACUCAUCAUUUUUCGUUAAUUAAAAUUAAUUCUUUUUUUAGCAAUAUUCAUUUGUAUAGGUUAAAUGAAGAUGGAUUAUCUACUUCAUAUACAAAAUUAGGAACAAUAAAUCAUAAUUUUUAUGGGUCUGCAAUGACGUUUGGAAAUCAUGUACUGGAUCAUUUUCUUGUUGUUGGUUAUGAAAAUAUAGAUGAAUCUAAAUAUUUAGGUACUGCAAUUGUAUUUGAUAUUACAAAAGAGACAUUUUUAAAAGAGUUAAAAACAGAAGGCACUUCACAUACAUCUGUUUUUGCACAUGAGUUUUCAAAUUAUUUCAUUACAGGUAGUAAUACAUUUAAAGACGGAAGAAUAAGAGUUUAUACUGCAAAAGAUUGGUCUAUAGUUAUUGAGUGUUAUUCUCCCCAAAAAGAUAUUAAUCAAGUUACUUUAAGCCCCUGCCUUCGAUAUUUGACUUCAAGUGGCACUGAUUGCUGCACUUACAUCUGGGAUACAAGAAAACCUGAUAUACCGCUUCAUAUUUUACGCCAUGGAAAAACAAAACUGGUAUAUUCAGAUAGCGCUAAUUCAGAAGAUCUUGAUUCAGGAACAACCGUCUCUUUAUGGAGCCUUUACGCAUUUGGUUUUAUAACGGGUGGCUCUGAUGGAUAUUUAAAACUAUGGAAUCUUGGUCAUAACGAACCUUUUGUAUCUGAUAUUAUUGAAGUAGACUCUGCAAUUACUGCAGCUUGCAUGUCUCCUGAUGAAGAUAUAUUUGUUGUUGGUGAAAGCACAGGUCAUAUCACUGUUUUAUCGACACAGAGUACAGGAUCAAUAACUUCUUUUUGUAUUAAUUCACAAACAAAUUCUACUAGCAAAGAAAAAGCUACAAAAUAA